AACAAAUAAUGAUGCCAUUUCAAAGUUUCAAGUGUUGUAACAAAACACAUCUUGUAUCGGUCGAGUGUAGGGGGAGCAAUUACAUACACUAGGUAUAUAUAAGUACCUACAAUAACGCACCAUCCAACAGAAUUAAUACCAGUAAGUAAAUCUUACCAAACCAUCAUUUCAUCUUAAUGUGCCUACUUAAACAUUAUAGCCAGUAAUAGUGAUCAAAUUCAGUGUGAUAUUUCUGUAGUUAUUGUAUUUACCACAUUUGUCAUGGACUGGCUGCUGGUUAUUUGUAUAUGUCUUGGAUCUGUCUUCUAUUCAACAAGCGGAGCGCCUCAAGCGACGCAAGAGCCUAUAAAAAUAAUAAGCUACAACAACGACGUUAAUCCCGAUGGGGGAUACCAUUGGAGUUAUGAAACUGCUAACGGCAUAAAGGCCGAGGAAACGGGGACUUUGAAGAAAGCCACAAAACCAGACAACGAAGAUGCCAUAGUUGCCCAGGGGUCAUAUUCCUAUACUGACUUGGAAGGCAAUCAAAUUUCGUUAACUUAUGUCGCCGACGACGAGGGAGGUUUUCAACCUCAAGGGGCUCAUCUGCCAACACCACCGCCGAUUCCUCCCGCAAUUCAGAAAGCUUUGGAUUGGAUACUUUCCCAGCCUUCCACCACAGAAAGGGCUGGCAGAUAAUUAUAAUAUAAUAAGAGAACAAAACAAGGCCAUUAAUAAUAAAAAUGAUUAAGCUGUCGUAAACACAAAAAUGACAUCCAAAAUUGUGUUCGCUCAAUUUGUAUAUUGCUUAAUUAAUAGUAGUUACACGUAAAAUAUUAUUUAAUAAAUUUUUAGUAUAAGGCAUUGAUACUUCGAUAGAAUGAUUGUAAGGAAAAUAUUAGCGAAUCUCACUAGGGUAAAUUUUGUUAACGAUACGUAAUCCUGUAUCCUGAACGAUAAAAUAUUCCCAUAAACAUCUAGAGAGACUUUAAGAUAAGUAAGAGUUAUAUAAGGGCAAAGUCUAUAAGAAGGAAUAUUUAUCUUUACCUGUUGAUGAUUACAAACCGCUGUGACACGGACAACGACUCUUCAAAUACAAUACAAAAAUGAUAAUCUAUUUUUUUUGUAUUUACAACACAAGUAUUUAAUUUACCUAUUGUAUAUGUAUU